GCAUUUGUGAAUUAAUUUUGUUUAUAGUUACAAUGUUGGAAUUGAAGAAUGCAAUUCGAGAGAUUAUUUAUAUAAUUGAGAAAAUAGAAAGCAACAAAUUAGAAGCUCAAGUCUUUCAAAGAAAUAAUACAGAUCCUCAAUUACUACUUGCAGGAACUAUACCAACUCCUCAAACCUCACUUGGAAACAAUUAG